AUGUCACAGUCAACCGCAUGUCAGUCCUCCCAGUACAAAGCUAUUCAGAACCUCUAUGCUGACUUAGUUCAAGCUAUCUAUCCAGAACUGCAAAUCAUUAUGGCCAAAGCAUUCAGCAAGAAUAUAAUUGGACAAGAACUAUUGGAUUUAUCCAAUGAAUCGAGUAUUACAACUAAUAACAAAGCUAAAAUUUUCAUGUCUGCUAUUGUUUCUCGAAUAAAUCUCGACAGUAAUGCUUUCGAUGUAUUCCUGAGUCUGUUGAAAGAAGUGGAAUCAUUAGGGUACAUGAUUGAACGUUUAAAACAAGAAGUGGCUAACCUUCAGCGUGGUGGUCAGUUAGCUCAUAACACUUCUGUCCAGACUACUGCACAAAUGCCUAAGCUUGAUGUCCAUGAGGAACCGAACAUCAAAACUAAUGAUGAUAAGGAUUUAACGGAAGAUGUGGUCAAUACUAGAUCUAAGCAAGAAGUCCAUGACUUGCGGCAGAGAGAACAAGAGACUGCCUUAAAGAGAAGAUUCUUCUUGUGUGGGUGUUAUUACACAGUACUUCUACUUACGACUGUUUUUAUGAGCGUUGUCGGGGCUGUUGGAAUUGGAUUAGGAGCACAUAUGAUUGUUGAUGGGAAUGACUGCACAGUAAUGACUCAAUUUAAUGGACGGCUGGCUGGCAGUUUGGGUUUUCAAGGCAGCGUAUUUGUGCUAGUAAUUGGAAUUGCUCUCCAGUUAGGGGCCAUGUUUUCAGCUCUACUGACACCUUAUUAUUGUUGUAGAUUGUUUGGAAAGUGUCAACAUCGAGGAUGGAGAGUUCCGUUAUGUAUUGGUGCUCCGUUGGGAAUUUGUGGUUUAAUCACUGCUCUCCCUACUUUAGGUUACUCUAUUUUUAUUGGUGUGUCUUUUUACCCACUUACACAGCAGGAGUUUGAAGUUGCUGAUUGUCUUAGAAUUCGUUACUACUCAAUUUUUAUAUUCCUAGUUAUCACACAUGUCGUGUCCUUGUGCAUUACAUUUGCACUUUUUGUCAGUUGCGUUACUUUUUCUAUUUACGCUUAUAUUAAAUGCACUAUCUUCGGUCCUAUAUAUAGAAUAACUCAUUUUUGAGUUGAUUGAUUAUAUUCAUGUGACUUGAUA